AUGCCCCUCGGCCCCCGCGAGCUCACCAAGGAGAAUAUCGGCCUCAUUCUGGAGAUAAUGGUGGGCGCCUCGCUUUGCGUGGCACUUUUGAUCAUCGCCUCUUUGUGGGCAAAAUGGCGGUACGACCCAGCUCCAUAUUCGACUAAUGUGAGGGCCAGGCCCAAGAACCUCGCAGAGGCCUGGGCCUUGCGCCAUGCUGCCCUGGACAACUUGCCGCCGCCGCCCCUCCCACUCGCACUACUCCCACCACCACAACAGCAGGAGCAGCAGGAGCAGCAACAGCAGUAG